UAGGAGUCUAUUUUCAUCUUUCUGAAGUCACUAUUCACAAUCAACAUCGAAUAAAACAAUAUUUUUUAGUUUUUUGAGUUUUUACUUAUUUUAGGUCUAAAUAUGAAUAGGAUUUUUGGUAAAUCGAAACCUAAAGAACCUCCACCAAGCUUAACAGAUUGCAUAGCUAAUGUAAGUUGUUUUUUUCUUAACUUUUUACACCCUAUAUGUGACAUUCAUUAUUUUAUAAUUACAGUAUGCCUAUGCCUAUGCCUAUGCCUAUGGGACUCCUAUGAUUAUGAUUUAAUGCAGUUAUUUUAAUUCUACAUGAAAGGUGGAUAGUAGAGGCGAGUCCAUUGAGAAAAAGGUCGCCAAACUUGACAUGGAGUUGAAAAAGUACAAAGAUCAAAUGAAGAAAAUGAGAGAAGGGCCAUCCAAGGUAUAUUUUGACAUUUUCAUCAUAUUGACCAAAUAUGAUAUUAUUUAUAAUGCCAUGGAUAUAUUUCAGCCGUCACCAGAUCGCAAUGUGGUACGGGUAUUCAUCCGACAUAGUAUUAUACAUGUGUAUACACAAUAUUCACAGUUUUUCGGACAACAAAUUUUCCCCAUACCGUAACCGUUCCUUAUCCUACUGUAUAACCAUUCUGGCUACUUAUGCACCCAGGCCUUGAAUUUCAAAAUAAGUCGUUUCAAGAUGGAUAUAUAACAGUUCAAGCACUUCAGAUGUUAGUUUUUUUUACCCUUUAGAACAUGUUUUUAUCGUGUGUGACAUGACAAUAUUUUUUAUUGCGCAUGACUAAACGUUUUGAAUUAUAUGGCGGGACCAUGUAAAUCUUGAUUGUCCUGAAAUUGUUAACAACUCCUUCCUACAGGUAUUUUGACUCAGAAAUUAUGUCCUUGGUGGAGAAUUUGACAAAAAAUUACAAAAUGUCAAAUGCCCAUGGGUUUGCCCACCCUCCAGGGGGUGGUGGAAAAAAAUGAUAGGUGCAUUAUUUUUCACAUACACUUAAAAAUCACAUGAGGUUUUUUUUGCAUAUGGUGGUCAACAAGUGGAGACUGGCCAUCUUGUGUAAAUUAUUUGUCACUAUACAGCCGUAAACCGCUCUUGAAUAACUUUACAUGAAUGGCAUAGAAUCUUAAUUUUACUCUAAUAUUGCAAAUAUAUUUUAAUUAAAAAACAUUACCCUACACUUGAAGAACCAAUAGAUCUAGAACAAUUUAUCAAAGACACAAAAGUAGAAUAUAAAUUAUAAUAUCUAAAGUAGACAACAUGAAACACAACUACUGUAAGUAUAUUUCUUUCUGGAAACAGCCUAUAAGCCUCAAGUUAAUGGCUGUUCCUGAAUAGACUAAAGGUGUAAAGCUCCGUUUAGCUACUGUACCUCCAUAAAGAUAAAAUGUACAGGCAUGCUACAUAGGGGUGCACCGGAACCAGUUUUUUAAGUUCCGGCCGGAACCGGAUCCGACCGGAACUGGAAAAAAGUUCUGGCCGGAAGUUCCGGUCGGAACCGGAACUAAUUUAUUAAGCCAUAUAUAGUCAUAUGUUACUUUGUCCGCUGCCAGACAGGCAGACACUUCAAGUCAUAAAGGAGAGAGCUUGCAAAUGUUAGAAUAAAAAGAUUGACAAGCGUUAAACGUCAUAAUAGAAGAACUAACCGGCCGGCACCGAGUUCCGGUGCACCCCUAAUGCUACAGUUUUGUACAGAACCAAAAUUUAUUUGCAGGAUGAAGUGGCAACUGUCGUCAAACCAAAUAUAGUGCAUGUUUAGAAUAUUGAUCAUAAAUGAAAAAUAUCCAAAGACUGAGUGUCUUCAAGAUUAGUAUGCUGCCUGCUACAAUGUAUUAAAAUGUAUGGUAACUGUUCAAAUUGCAGAAUACUGUACAUGUACAUAACACCAGACAGUUCAAAAUAUAUGAACAAUUCAAACAUGAGAAUUUCUAAACAGCAAUCAAAACACAAUUACAGUACCUGUUGCAAGUAAGGGUGCGUCCACUCGCGCGUAGUGAGUACUUGUUCUAACUCGCUACUUGCGAGUACUUGCAUUUCAUCUCACUCGCAACUUGCGAGUACACCUGUAUGAUUAGAUUCAAAGCUUUUUUAUACAACAAAACUGUACUGUGUUAGCGCAACAAACAACAACUAUUGAAACAAAAUUUACAAACAAAUAUUCAAUUCUGUGGCUAACUAGCGAUCAAGUGAACAGGCAAUUUUAAAAUGACCAAUCAGAAACAUAUGCUCAGUUCUGUUGAGCUAUCAUAUAAUAUCACCUGCACCCACUGCGUAUUAUUUGCAGGUUUCAAGCAUGGAUUACAGAUGCUGGGAUCCACAGUAAUCCGGUUACCUGCAAGUGACUUGAGCUAACUGCAAACUUGGGUUGACGAGAAAGUGCCUUUUUCAAUGGCAAAUAUUGUGUAGAUUAACUUACAGAAAGCGAAAUGGAGUGACAAUGGCAUUUUUUUCUUAUUUAAUUAAUAGAAUAUGGUGAAGCAAAGAGCAAUGAGGGUCUUAAAGCAGAAAAAAAUGUAAUAAAGGAUAAUUAUUUUGCUAAAUUGUUUUAUUUAGUAAAUAGAAUAUUGUUGUUGGAAUCACGAUCAUCAUCAUACUACUUCAUGUGAAUCCAGUUGCCUUGACAACUUUGCCACUCUUUUUAUCAUCGAUGGUAACCAGAUUAACCACUCAGCAUGUGCCAUCACCUGGAGCAUGAUCCAUCUAUCGCUUUCUCAUUUGUCCUGUCUUUCUUGUUUGUCUACUUUGCACUCUAUUGUCCAUUAUAUAAACUUCUUUUUCCAGCUCCAUCAACUUGUGCCUUCAUUUUUUAGUCUCGCUCUCCUUGUUACUCCUCUAAGAACUUGUUGGCAUCGCAUAUGUUUUAUUUCCCUGCCAAAGCCUCUGCACCAUUGGCAAUUCCAGCUUUUAAUUUAUGCGCGCAGGGGUGACGGGAAGUAAGGUAUCAUAUUGCUGAUUGUGCCGAAAAAUUUCAAUAAAAACCGCCGAAAUAUUUCAAUAUUUACAAGUAUAAGCUAUCACUCCGUGUUUACACGGCCGCCAUUUUUAUUUUUCAGCAUAAUUAGCAAUAUGAUACCUUACUUCUGCUACUUAUACAGUAAACAAAAAACUGGAAUUGCCUAUUGUCGGUUUGCAAUAUUUUGUAACUGGUUUUGUGACAAAUUAUAAAACUUGACGUCUUUCUCCAUUGCUUAGGUACGAGAGUCAACUUGAGAAUCUUAGACAGCAAUCUUUCAAUAUGGAACAGACAAAUUACGCUACUCAGACGUUAAAGGAUACAAAAACUACGGUAGUGCUGUUAAUAUAAAUGGGCUGAGAAUACCUUUGUAAUACUUUUUCUUUGAAUCAAGAAUACAUUUUUGUCAUGCAUGUACCCUCCUGAAUGAGCGGAAUGCCAACUCUCGCCUAAUUAAGCCUAGUUCUCAUUCAUCGCAAUCUGUCACCGACGAUCGGCGACGCUUAUCGCCGAUACUCGCCGAGCGCGAAUGCACGAAAGUUCUCAUACAUCGGUGAUCGUCGCAGAUGACAGCCGAUGUGUUUCGAAAUUUCCCAAAUUUCCCACAAAAUGGGCCCAUUCAACGUAAAGUUCAUGAUUUCUGUCAAACUUCAGUUGAUUAUUUCCUUGCUUGUUGAGGAAAAAACAACUUUUACUCAUUUCUCAUAGAUUUUUUAAGCAGGUGGCAGUCGGCGAUGGUCGCAAGAAACAAACUUUUUUGUUUCCUGCGAUGUCAUCGCCGAUGGUCGGCGACGAUUACGGACAGUCGGCGAUAUAAUUUUUGAUGUGUUCUCAUAAAUGGCAAGCGGUCGCCGACGUCGCAAAGCUCCCAUCGCCGACGGUUUGCGAUGAAUGAGAACUAGGCUUUAGGACGCUGAAAUGUUUACGUUUACAUUGAACCAGAUAGCUUAUUGUAUAGCGACGUGAAAAACACCAAUCUGUACCUUUUAGGAACGCUAUUUUCAGAGGAAUUUUUUUACAACGGAGACAUGUGUCGCUCAGCUUCAUAAAAUUGUACAUUCCGUAUCGGAUAGGUACUUUUUUGCACCGCUACGAAAAACUAUUUUGUAUAGUGUAAAGGUAGCCGUAGUCAUGGGUGUUUUGAGUACCGGCACAAUGCGUGUGUUGAUAGAGUGCAAUGGCUGUGGAGCAUAGAAGAGACAAAAUAUUGCAUUCUGAGUUUUGGCUUGUCAGUUCAAUUUUCUCAAUGAUAAUGCACGUUGUUAUUUUUCGUAGAUUACAUAUUGAUUGUGAUGUGCAAUUUAAUUUUUUCGACGUCGAACCAAGCGACCGGUCACAUUGUACUGUAGCUCUAGGAACGAGAUUAAUUUUUGGCGCAUUGUGGAUUUGUAAGGGUUUUCUUGGUAUUAGACAUUUCGCGUUUGAAUCUUGCGAAAAGUCAAAACGAUUUCGCCUAUACAGUAUGUCGGAGUUAACCAGUCACUGCAUGGCCGGCAUAGCAUGAAAUACUAUUUUGAGCCGUGGAACAACCAUGCAUUACAUGAGCUAACUACAAUUUUUACUCCCUAAAGGUGGACGCAAUGAAGACAGGGCUAAAAGAAAUGAAGAAGGAAUACAAGAAAGUUGAUAUAGAUCAAAUUGAGGUACGUAAAUGUGUUACAAAGUACAUGUUCUGAUGCAGUAUAUAUACAUCUAAAGUAGUUGCACUUGAAGAGCAACCAUCGAUGAAAAAUUAUUCUUAGCACCCUUUCACCCG